GAUAUGUUAAUGCCAUCUGAUAAAGAACAGGACCCAGAUGUUAUUCCUGAAGACAGCAGUCUGCUAACUCUUCGAAUUAGAAAGAAGGCAUUAGAGAGGAGAGAAGAAACAAUUAUUGUGGAUCGGGCUUGCAGACAAGAAACUCUUGCUUAUGAGAUGGAGUCACAUGCAAUUGGAAAGAGACCAGCCAAUCCAACAGAUCUAGUUGAGGAGGGAGAGCUACUUUUAACUCUGAACAUCUUCUAUCCUGUCAUAUUUCAGAAGCAUAAAGAUCACAAACCCUAUCAGACAGUCCUUGUACUGGGCAGCCAGAAGCUCACUGAGCUGAGAGACUGUAUUUCCUGUGUCAGUGACCUCCAGAUAGGUGGUGAGUUCAGCAGUCAGCCAGAUCAAGCACCAGAGCACAUCAGCAAGGAUCUGUACAAAUCUGCUUUCUUUUAUUUUGAAGGCAUCUUUUAUAAUGAUAAAAGAUACCCAGAGUGCAGAGAUCUGAGCAGAACAAUUAUCGAGUGGUCAGAAUCUCAUGACAGAGGCUAUGGAAAUCUUCAGUCUGUUAAAAUGGAGGACUACAUGUUUAAUGAUUUAUCCCUCAAAAUUGGAUUUCCAUACCUUUUCUGCCAUCAAGGGAACUGUGAGCACAUCGUAAUCAUCACAGAUAUAAGGCUCAUUCAUCACGAUGACUGCCUGGAUAGGAGCCUCUAUCCCUUGCUGACCAAGAAACACUGGUUAUGUACCAGAAAAUGCUUUGCGUGCAAAAUGUACACAGCCAGAUGGGUAACCAACAAAGACAGUCUGGCACCAGAGGAUCCUUGUUUCUUCUGUGAUGUUUGUUUUCGGAUGCUCCAUUAUGAUGCAGAAGGCAAUAAACUGGGGGAAUUUCUUGCAUAUCCUUAUGUUGAUCCUGGGAUUUUCAACUGAAACUGACAUGAGCCAGCAAGAACUCAGUGAACUGCACUGGUGGAUGUUGCUCUAGCUGUUAAAACCACCAAACAGCUUGAGUUUUGAGCAUACUGCUGUGUGUGGGGCUAGGCCUUUAAUCUUCUGCCCUGAGGUGGAAGGAGUCCUUUGCACUUUACGAUGUGCUUUUC